UCUGCUCUGUUCGACAUGAUCGAGUACUACGAGUCGGCCACGCACCUCAACAUCUCCUUCAACAAACACAUCGGCACGCGGGGCUGGCAGGCGGCCGCCCACAUGAUGCGGAAGACCAACUGCCUGCAGUACCUGGACGCCCGCGGGACGCCCCCUCCUCGACCACUCGGCGCCGUUUGUGGCGCGGGCGCUGCGCAUCAGCAGCAGUUUGGUGGUGCUGCACCUGGAGAACGCCAGCCUGUCGGGGCGGCCCCUCAUGCUGCUGGGUGAGAGAGCCCACAGUGACCCCAGUCACCCUAAC